CCAACACCUGCACAAAGCAUUCUCAUUCUCUUCAGUUGUUUGUUGCAUCUUUUGCUUUUGCAUUCUUUCUUCUUCUUCUUCUUCAGUGUGAGACCUUUUCAGUUUAGUGAGCUUUUGUUUGUUAUUUGCUUAACAAGAAUCAGUUUCUCUGUAACUAAAGAUUAAACUUGACAAAAAUUAACUAUAAACCUGCUUUGCUUUUUCAAGUUGGCAACAAGAGAGUAUAAAAAACAGCUGAAGGUGGGUGGUUUUGUUCAAAACAAAGAGAAGAAAAAGAAGAAAAUGAAGUAUGUUUUGGUGACUGGUGGAGUUGUCAGUGGUCUUGGUAAAGGAGUCACUGCUAGCAGUAUUGGAGUGCUCCUUAAAGCCUGUGGACUUCGAGUUACUUCCAUCAAGAUUGAUCCUUACAUAAAUACCGAUGCUGGAACUAUGUCCCCCUUUGAGCAUGGUGAAGUUUUUGUCUUAGACGAUGGUGGCGAGGUGGACCUUGACCUUGGUAACUAUGAGCGGUUCCUCGAUAUCACGUUGACCAAAGAUAAUAAUAUAACUACUGGAAAGAUUUACCAGCAAGUUAUCAAUAGGGAAAGAAGGGGAGACUAUUUGGGUAAAACUGUACAGGUUGUCCCUCACAUUACGGAUGCCAUUCAAGAGUGGAUUGAGCGAGUAGCAAGGAUACCAGUGGAUGGAAAGGAAGGUCCAGCAGAUGUUUGUGUUAUAGAGCUUGGAGGAACUAUAGGAGACAUUGAGUCCAUGCCAUUUAUUGAGGCUUUAGGGCAGUUUUCAUACCGUGUAGGUCCUGGCAACUUUUGCUUGAUCCAUGUCAGCCUUGUGCCUGUUCUAAAUGUUGUGGGUGAACAAAAAACAAAACCAACCCAGCACAGUGUUCGGGAACUUAGAGGCCAGGGUUUGACACCAAAUAUCCUUGCUUGUCGCAGCACAACGGCGCUUGACGAGAAUGUCAAGGCAAAACUCUCUCAAUUUUGCCAUGUUCCGGAAAAUAUCGUCACUCUUUAUGAUGUUCCCAACAUCUGGCAUAUUCCUUUGCUUUUGAAAGAUCAGAAGGCACAUGAAGGCAUUCUGAAAGCUCUGAACCUUUCGAGUACUAAGGAACCUUCUCUAAGGGAAUGGACUGCAAGGGCCACACGGUGUGACUUGUUGCAUGAACCGGUCAGAAUUGCCAUGGUUGGGAAGUAUACAGGCCUUUCAGAUUCCUACCUCUCUGUACUGAAGGCUCUUUUACAUGCUUCUGUUGAACUUGGCAAAAAACUUAUUGUCGAUUGGGUUCCAGCUUGCGACCUUGAAGAUUCAUCUGCUAAAGAGAAUCCCAAUGCUUACAAGGCUGCAUGGAAGUUGUUGAAGGGUGCAGAUGGUGUUCUUGUUCCAGGAGGCUUCGGUGACAGAGGAGUGCAAGGGAAAAUUCUUGCAGCGAAGUAUGCCCGGGAAAACAAAGUUCCGUACCUUGGCAUUUGUCUUGGAAUGCAAACUGCUGUCAUCGAGUAUGCACGAUCUGUUCUUGGCCUGCGAGAUGCUAACAGCACUGAAUUUGAUGCCAACACCAAAAAUCCCUGUGUCAUAUUUAUGCCUGAGGGCUCGAAAACUCAUAUGGGAGGCACCAUGCGCCUUGGAUCAAGAAGGACACAUUUCCAGAGUAAGGAGUGCAAAUCUGCAAAACUAUAUGGAAACAAAAGUUUCAUUGAUGAGAGACACCGUCAUAGAUAUGAGGUGAAUCCCGAUAUGAUAGCAACCUUUGAAAACGCUGGCCUUUCUUUCAUUGGCAAGGAUGAAACCGGUCGACGCAUGGAGAUUGUUGAGCUUCCUAAUCAUCCCUACUACAUCGGUGCUCAAUUUCAUCCUGAGUUUAAAUCGAGACCUGGAAAACCCUCUGCUUUGUUCUUAGGACUUAUAGCAGCGGCAUGUAGGCAGUUAGAUACUCUGAUCGGGAAUGCCCCCAUCAAGCCUCCAAAUGGUGUGGCAUCGAAGAAAGUACGCCAAAACGGAAAAACUAAAAAGCCUGCAAAAAUUUUAUCUGGUGGUGUAUAUGGUUACAGCAAUGGUGUGCAUGAUGAAGGCACUUACUGCCUUUGGUUGUAGGAUGUUGUAUUGGUUUUGAUUCAUUUUUGUUUUGUUUUGUUUUGUUUUUCAGUUUUAUUUAAGCGAUUCCGAUUCAAUCGAGGGCUUUAAGUAAUAUCUAUGUUAGGAUUGCUCUGUACAGCUGUUUGAGUAAGGAUAGGUGUUAUGGCUUGGCUUUGAAAGGAGUGCAGAGAGACAUGGCAGCGCUGAGUUCCAAGCUUUUUAAAUGGAACAACAGCCUGUUGUAUUUCAUACUUGGUAUAUUUUAGCCUUUCUCAGGCUCAUGGCUAAGGGCAAGUACUUGUAUCAAGAGUUGUACCGCAAUGGAAAAAGUUAAUAUCAAUCCCACUUCCACUUCUCAA